AUGGAGGCGAUUGUUAUAGAGGAUGAAGGGUCGAGAAUAGAAACAUCAGAAACUCUAGUAUUCUCGAUGUUAACCAAUUUAUGGGUUGCAGGUUCACGUGAAGUUUGGAGUGAGGAUCGUCUCAAAUCACGCUACACUACUCUCUUCAAUCAAGAGGUUGCGUUUCCUAGCUUGGAGACAUUACGCAUCUGGUGUAUGAAUAGUAUUGAUAUAAUAUGGGACAAUCAAGUUGCUAGGGAGUCUUUCCGCAAACUAAAGUCACUCAGCAUUUAUGGAUGCAACAAGCUAGUGAACAUUGUUCCUUCUUACAUUCUUGGACGGCUCAAGAGCUUGGAAAGUUUGGAGUUGGAGUUAGAGGGAUUAUCAAAGCUAAAGCAUGUAUGGGACAAGGAACUUCACAGUCAAGUCCAAUUCCAGUGUCUCCGUUCCGUUACCGUUUCCGAAUGCGAGAGCCUCACCUCUCUGUUUCCAGCCUCAAUAGCUAGGGAUCUAACGCAACUUGAGGAGUUGAAGAUCGAUGAAUGUGGUGGCAUUGUGGAACUCAUCGAGAAGGACGGACUAGAUCCUAGGGAUGUGUUCCCUAAGUUAGCCUCCCUCGAGCUUAAGCGUCUACCAGAGUUGAAGUGCGUCUACACAGGGACACAUGCUUUACGUUGGCCAGCAUUGAAGAUCUUGAAGGUGGAUGGCUGUAACAAAGUGGAGAUACUUGCUUCGCAACCUGAGAAUGAGAUGCCACUUCAUGAACAACCUCUCUUCUUGAUAGAAAAGGGCGCAUUCUCAAAUCUGCAAGAGUUAAAAUUGGAUUUAUAUGGAGGGAUGGAGAUAUGGCAUGGGCAUUCUCAUGAUGGAGAAUCCUUUUGCAAGGUUAGAGUUCUCGAGCUUCAUCAUUUCUCGAAGGAAUCUGCAAUAUCCACAUGUCGUCUUGUUCGGAGUUUAACCAACUUGCAAGAGCUGGUUGUACGCAAUUCUGAUAUAGAAGAGCUAAGCGACAUUGUGGAAGCCAAAGAAGGCCCAAGGCACGACCUAAAAGCAAUACCACCAUUUUCCAGAUUUUUUCAACAU